GCUUUUAAGCUUUUCUUUAAAAAUUACUUAACCUGUAGUCAGGGCUCUAUACACAACUAGGGACUCCCCCAAAACCUUUUCCCUGCACCCCUGAUUAACACCGGCACCCCUGAUUAACACCAGAAGUCGCUAAUUACCCCCGGACAUCCUAAUUAGCAAGCUGAGCCUCGCUGGGCGCUGGCUGUAGAGGUGCGGGGGCACCCAUGGGUGCUGGGGGUGGGCACCGCUUUGCCAGGCGGGGCUUUGGGGGUGACUUGGGGGGGCUCAGGGUGGACUCGGGGUGUUGGAGGGGCUGGGGGGAGGCGAGGAAUGGCCAUGGCGAUGGUGGCCGCGGUUGCUCCGAAAUGGCGCCCGGACGGGAAUUGAAAGCGGCCGGCGGAGGCGCGGGGUGCCCGGUACCGGAGCGGGGUGCCCGGUACCGGAGCGGGGCUCCCCCGGCGGGGCAGAGCCGGGCCCUGGGGACCCCCCGCGCCUUGUGGGGGUGUGCGGGCUCCGAGCACGUGGGGCUUAUUGUUUAUAGAGCGAAGGAGCCAUUUGGGGCUAUUAAAAGCUAUUUAACGCCGCGAUUUUUGUAAGUUGUAUAGAGGGUGAAACUCCCCUCUGUAUGGGGUUAAAGUGUGGGUGCUCCCACCCUGUUGGAGCGGGGAGAAUGCAUUUUUAUUAGGAUUGAAGUAAAUAACGGCUUGGAGGGGGGAGGUGUAUGACAAAAUCUACCCCAUUUUGCCCCCCCCCCAAAAAGGGGGGCUCCUGCUUCACCUGCUGGAGAGGGUGGGGAGCACCCCGAGGUGCUACUAUGCCCCCAGUGUGAAGGAUAUGGGUGUUAAAAAAUACCUCCCGGGCCCAGUUUCCCCUCAAAUUAAGGAUACUGGGGGUCGAUCCCAGUGCCUCUCGGAGGUGUUUGGGGGAGCUCGGGCUCAGUUUGGAUUCUCUGAUGGCUGGUACCGGGUUGAGCCAGCACAUCUCUUGUGAAAGGAGAACAGAAAGGGAUUCUUUUUUUUUGUCUUUUUCCUGGUUUUCAGGCUGGGGUAGGCGGGGUGGGGGAUCGCUGAGGAAAAAAAGAUUGCGUUUCCUCAGGAAAUGGAGUGAAAGCUGGGAUUCCAGGAAUUUGGUGUUGCGGAGCCCUGGAGGCUUCAUGAAUCCCCCCCACCGCGUGAGCGGCGAUUUGUGCCCGGAGCUGCCAAUUUCAACCAUGUGCGAAGUCCUAAAAUAGGUGGAAAAAAAGUGAAAGGGGUUGGGAAAAAAUAGGAUCUAAAUAGAGAUUUUCCCCACGAUAAAAUCUUGCAGUUGAGGCUCUUUCGUCUCACGGUUCUCAGGCUCCAGGCGGGCGCCCAGGGGAGAUUUUGGGGCUGCAAACAGAGAUUUCGGUACAACCAAGGAGGGAAACCACCUCUUUGUUUUAACCCUUUUUCUUCCCUAGAUGUCGACCUACAAGCGGGCAACGCUGGAUGAUGAAGACCCCCUGGAGUCCCUUGGUGAUGGUGAUGGAUACCCCAAUGGCUUUCAGGUGAACUUCCGCGGCUCACGGGGCAGCCGGGGGUGCUGGGCCGAGCGGACACGUGCUGAGAAGCAGCUGCUGGUGCUGGUGGGGGUGCUGGCAGUGCUGCUCUUGGCCUGUCUGCUGGGACUCAUCUUCCAGUACAGAGCCAGGCCACCAGCCGUGUGCCUGUCGGAAGCCUGCAUCUCCAUCACCAGCUCCAUCCUCAGCUCGCUGGACCGUGCGGUGAAUCCCUGCGAGGACUUCUUCAGCUACGCCUGCGGGGGCUGGAUCAAGGCCAACCCCCUCCCUGACGGUCACUCGCGCUGGGGCACCUUCAACAACCUCUGGGAGCACAACCAGGCCAUCAUGAAGCACCUGCUGGAAAACACCACGGCCAAUGUGUCCAGCGAGGCAGAACGCAAGGCACAGCGCUAUUACCAAGCCUGCAUGAAUGAGAGCAAGAUCGAGGAGCUGCGUGCCACCCCACUCAUGGAACUCAUCCAAAAGCUGGGUGGCUGGAACAUCACAGGUACCUGUGCCGGUGACAACUUCAACGAGACGCUGCGGGAGGUGACGGCGCAUUAUCGCACCUCGCCCUUCUUUUCCGUCUACGUCAGCGCCGACUCCAAGAACUCCAACAGCAACGUCAUCCAGGUGGAUCAGUCGGGGCUGGGCCUGCCAUCGCGGGAUUACUACCUGAACAAGACUGAGAAUGAGAAGGUGCUCGCUGGGUACCUGAACUACAUGGUGCAGCUGGGGAUGUUCCUGGGAGGCACCGACGAGGAGUCCACGCGGCAGCAGAUGCAGCAGAUCCUGGACUUUGAGACGGCCUUGGCCAACAUCACCAUCCCGCAGGAGAAGCAUCGGGAUGAGGAGGUCAUCUACCAUAAAAUGACAGCAGGAGACCUAAAGGAGCUGGCACCGGCUGUGGACUGGAUGCCCUUCCUCUCCACAGUCUUCUACCCCGUGGAGCUCAACGAGUCAGAGCCCGUUGUGGUCUAUGCCAAGGAGUACCUGGAGCAGGUCUCUGACCUCAUCCUGGCCACGGAUAAGUGUCUCCUCAAUAACUACAUGAUCUGGAACCUGGUGCGGAAAACCAGCCCACUCCUUGACCAGCGCUUCCGGGAUGCUGAGGAAAAAUUCAUGGAAGUGAUGUAUGGGACAAAAAAGAGCUGCCUCCCACGCUGGAAGUUUUGCAUCAGUGACACGGACAACAACCUGGGCUUCGCCCUGGGGGCCAUGUUUGUCAAGGCCACCUUUGCUGAGGACAGCAAGCAGGUGGCGGAGGAAAUGAUUGCGGAGAUUAAAACUGCCUUCGAGGAAAGCCUGGAGACCCUGCAGUGGAUGGAUGAAGAGACGAGGAAAUCAGCCAAAGAGAAGGCAGAUGCCAUCUACAACAUGAUUGGCUAUCCGAAAUUCAUCAUGGACCCCAAGGAGCUGGAUAAAGUAUUUAAUGAUUACGAGGCCGUGUCCGACCUCUAUUUUGAGAACGUCAUGCAGUUUUACAACUUCUCAGCCAGGGUCACGGCUGACCAACUCCGGAAACCGCCAAACCGGGACCAGUGGAGCAUGACACCUCCAACGGUCAACGCGUAUUAUUCUCCUACCAAAAAUGAGAUUGUCUUCCCUGCUGGCAUCCUCCAGGCCCCCUUUUACACCCGUGCAUCCCCCAAGUCCCUGAAUUUUGGUGGGAUUGGUGUGGUGGUGGGCCAUGAGUUGACACAUGCCUUCGAUGACCAAGGCCGGGAAUAUGACAAAGAUGGCAACCUGCGUCCCUGGUGGAAGAAUUCCUCAGUGGAGGCCUUCAAGCAUCAGACAGCGUGCAUGGUGGAGCAGUAUGGCAACUACACUGUCAACGGUGAGGCAGUCAAUGGCAAGCACACCCUCGGGGAGAACAUCGCUGACAACGGGGGUCUCAAGGCUGCCUACCGGGCAUAUCAAAACUGGCUGAAAAAGAAUGGGGAUGAAGAAACACUCCCAACUCUCGGCCUCACCAACUACCAGCUCUUCUUCGUUGGCUUUGCACAGGUGUGGUGCUCAAUUCGCACACCAGAGAGCUCGCACGAGGGGCUCAUCACCGACCCCCACAGCCCCUCACGUUUCCGUGUCAUCGGCACCGUCUCCAACUCCCCGGAGUUUGCGGAGCACUUCAGCUGCCCCCCGGGCUCCCCCAUGAACCCCCUCAAGAAGUGUGAAGUCUGGUGAUGGGCAAGUGCCCAAGGGAACCAGCUUUGUCCUCUGCCAACAGCUGGGCUUCCCAGUCCUUUGAGGCUCAAACCACUUCUCCAUGCCACGGAGAGCCCGACUCUUCAGCCGGAGCAGUGUCUGUGCCCCUGGCAUUGUCCGAGGUUCAAUCCACUGUGAAAACUCCUCAUCCCCCUGCUUCUUGGUGAAAUGACUUCAGUUUGGGGGUCUCUUCUUUCCCACCAUGACCGGGCCGAGUGCCGAGGCACAGGCAUCCGUGGGCACUGCCUGUAUUUACGCAUACAGCGCUCCAGCCUGGAAACCCCCUCUGUUUUGGAGGUGAUAAAGGGAACCCCCAGCAGCAGCAGGUUUGUUUGCGUGUCUAAAUACAAAUGAUGUACCACCUUCUCUCCAAAGAUGCGCACAUGAGGGUGGAAAAUAUUUUAAGAUAUAUUUUUUUGGGGGGGGAAAUACAUAUAUUUUUUUCAUGUGUUGUAGAAUACACUGGAAAUUUUCAGGGAAAAUGCAUUUUAAAGCCUUUUUUUAGUAAAAUAUUAGUAUAUUUAUUAUUUUUUUUUUUACUUAGUGCAGCCGUAGGUGCAGUACCCCGUGGUGACAGUCCCUUGGCCAGGGAAGCUGGGUAGGGCUGUGGAUAACUUUCCAGUCUUGGAUCCUAUGUUUCUCUGGAGGGACUAUCCUCAGAGGAUGCUGAUGGGAAAAUUAGGGACAGCAGGCCUGGGGACAGGGCUGGAGGAUGCUGCAAGUCACAGAGGCUGUGCUGGGAUGCUGCAGCUCCUGGGAUUAACUUUAAUUUCAGAGUGUAAAGGGAAAAAUUGACGUAACCAAAGAUGUAACCAAGGUGGUGAUGGGGUGGAUGAAGCAUCCUGUUCUCUCUCCUGUCUCCUCUGAAGCCAGGCCAGCCAGGAUUUCCUGGCCCUAAAGUUUCCCAGACAAGUGCAGGCGGUUCCUGCCGCUGCUUCUCUCAUGCCGAGCCUGCCCUCUGCCCGGGAAACUGCAAGCCCUGAAAGCACCAUGUGCCCCCAAAACUCUGCCCCUCCACAGCUGGUUUGGCACCAGUGUGAGAAGUGAUCAGGAUGGGGCUGAGGGACUUUUUAAAGGGAUGUUUUUAGUACUUGUUUUGAGGGGAAAGCACUGACAGGAGCUCAGGUGCUGUGUGUUGUUGUCUUGCUCUAGACAAAGUAGAGACAUAGAGGGAAUUUUUAAUAUUUAUAUGUAAAGGGAGGGAUGGAAGGGGCUGGUUUUUUGUAACUAUUUUUUCACCCUAAGCAUGAGGCUUAUUGUAAUUGAAAUAAUAAAUACUUUUUACUGGA